AUGUCUACGAACUCAUCUCGCCAUGCUCUACGCAACGGUACAUCCGGAAUUCCCAAAUUCCUUCCGGGCAAGAAAAUGACUAAAAUACCCCUAUCCCACGGAUUCUUGAGAUUGAACUACUGCAUCUGCGAAGAAGAACGAAUCUAUGAUGUAGAUGGUUGGCUUGCUACAUGGAAGGUGAGUGGCUUCAUGUCCAUGGAACGCAUGCGCAGCCGAGUGAGUUUGUUGAAAGUUUACAUUGUUGCAUCAUCUAUUGGAAUACUUCUCUCCAUUGCUUGUGUUGCUAUAGGAAAUUUAACAUUAGAGGUUUUCCAAAAUCCAAGUAACUGGGAAACAAAGAAGUUCGAACUUCUCGAGGCCACCCGCACUGCAAUUGCGUUCCUGGUACAAAUAUUUACCGUCAGCACAACUACUUCUCUCAUCAGUAACAUGUCUCCUCCAAAAAGGGCCUCUUAG